CCUGAUCAUCGCUUCACUCACUCAAGCCACAACCUCCUGAUGGUCUCAAGGUCCAUCGUGCGGCAGGCCGUCCUGCAGUCUGUUUCGAACUGAACGGGUAAAGGACAUCCUGACCUACUCCAACCCCCCCAGGCUGUUUGACAACCUCCCGGUCGUGAUUGAAGCCACCUUUACCUGACCGUGGCCCAUCAUAAUGGACGCAACCGCAGAUGCAAUUGCGGACUCCGUCCUUUCAACAUUCGACCGUUUGCCAGAUAAACGCAAACCUCGUCCCCGUACUGAUGGGUCUCGUGAAUGGAUCCCGCUAUCUGGUAUUGUGCUGGCCAAGGUUAAGACGGCGAAUUAUCGUGUGCAUCUUUGGGAACUGGAAUGAAAUGUCUCCCCUCUGCCAAACUUCUCUUAGCUCAUGGGAACAUCCUGCACGAUUGGCACGCUGAGGUUUUGGCAAUUCGAGCCUUCAACCGCUUUAUACUGGACGAAUGCCGUCUACUUUCUAUCCCUCCUUACACUCCAUCCCGCUUCGUACGACGGCGGAGGACCUCUGAAAUCACAGAGGCCGAGUACCAGCCAUUCGCCAUCAAGGAUGAUGUCUCAAUCCACAUGUACUGCUCCGAGGCACCCUGCGGUGAUGCCAGCAUGGAGCUAGUCAUGAACGCACAAGAAGAUUCUACCCCGUGGACCUCUCCUCCACCUACAGUUUCAUCAGAAGAUAGCAAUGCAGACCCGACGCUUGCUGCCAUACGCGGCCGCUCGCACUUUGGGCUUCUUGGAGCGGUGCGCCUGAAGCCUGCCCGACCAGAUGCUCCUCCAGCUCUGAGCAAAUCAUGCACAGACAAGCUCGCUCUCGCCCAAUGCACAUCUAUUCUCUCCUCGCUCUCUUCCCUUCUCAUUACUCCCCGUAAUGCGUACUUAUCUUCCUUAGUCCUACCGAAAAGCCAACAUGUAGAAGCUGCUUGCACGAGAGCGUUCAGCCGAAAAGGAAGAAUGAGUGCUAUUACUCCGGAGAUGGAGACGAGAUGGAAGGAUCUUGGCACUGGCUAUGGUUUCCAUCCUUUCAAAAUUCAACAUACAGGAAAGGAGUUCAAGCAUUCCAGACGUAGUGUUCGAAGCAUCGAGAGAUCGAUUCCUUCGAAUCUCAGCGCGAUACAUACACCACAUGUACAGGAAACAUUGAUUGCUGGUGUACUCCAAGGACGAAAGCAAUUUGAUCCGCGCGGUGCCAGUGCGAUUUGCCGUAGAUCCAUCUGGAAAGUCGCGAUUGAACUUGUGGGGAUAGUAGGUGUCCCAAUGCUCAUCGAGGCUGCGAGGAAAAGCAGAUACGGGGAAGUUAAGAACGGAGAGGUAUUGGCUGGACGAAUCACCGUUAAGAGGGAAGCCAUGAACGGACCCUUUAAGGGGUGGCUGAGAAAUACUGGAGAUGAUGAUUUUGGAGUUGAAACAUAGGGUCGGAUUAUGUUUUCGGAAUCCAACUUAGUUGAACCCAACAGC